UAUGGUCGCAGGUAUGCAUGGGCAACAAGCCGGACCUGGGAGUCACCUAAAUCUACCUCGUUCCCGUGCUACCUCUACUGGAGCAACUGGAGCGGGCACCCCAACUCCUACGACAGAGGCAACUGGAGCGGGCACAAUUUCAGCAGAGGAUCGUGUCUGGACGAAUCUAAGAGAAACACUCCUUAGCAUUCUGGAUGGCGAAGACGAUCCUGAUCCGCUUACUGAUUCGGAGAUUACAUCGACUUGGUCUCUAUGGCUUCAGGCUCUCGACAUGUCGCCUCAAGCAGGUACGGGGUCACCGCGCUCUGCCACUUCGGAUGGUCGUUGUACACAUCACUCUUUCUUUUCUUUGGUUGUUCUUGCUCCAUCACACUUAAACUUAAUAGAUACUGAUACGAGAAAAAAUACUAUAAAAAUACGUUUUACGUCGUCAACAACGUGGUCUACGUGGUCAACAUCUUCUAGUACUUCUACUUAUUAAGUGUACUAUUUCGUAGAAGACUUCAACUUCUUCAGAUGUUUGCCCGACUGGAGUGGAUGCGCACCGGAGAAGCGGCGAAUCAACAAGUGCCGCCGCUUGGAGUAUGCGUGGUGGAGCAAGGUUUCUUUCUUCCGCUUGGGGCCGUAGUACUGCUGCAUUACGCAAUCUGGGUCCCCGAAAUUGGCAAUGCAGACGGAGACGCCCUGCUUCUGCUAUAACCACAAAUGUUCAACAAGGACCACUAGUACCAUUGCGCGACGCGCCUUCUUCUAUCGGCUCAAAUCGUCCGCUAAGCCUCACCAGCUCAUCGACUCAACCACCGCCUGGCACGUGCGGCGAACGAGUGCUCGAAGAUGGUGGUCCUUCUGGGGAUCUUCACGAUACUAGUGAUGUAGUUGGGCCAUCCUACGCGACCGUUCCACGCGGCAGCUCAGAAAUUUCUGAAGUUCGCUAUUCGGUGUUCAUGAGGCAUAUCAUGCAGACUGUCUCUGGUGUGCCAUCAGAAGAAGACCGAGAUCUCCUUCUACAGCAUGUUCAACGGGUAUUGCGUCGAGUGCUGCAGCCUGGAAUCGUCAACGUUUUUGACUUUCGACAACCAGAUGCUGGCGCUCUUGCAGCAAAUCGUCAACGUGGUCAACCUCAGCAGCAAAGGCAACAUGAUCAACCUGUUGUUGACAAUCACUCUGCCUACAGAAUGGCUGAGCGCAUUACGCCUGCUGUGGUCCGAUUGCGACAGACCGUCGACGACCAGCUGAAAAAAGUUAGGUGCGACGCGCCAGCAGGUGGAACGGCAGCCAGUGCGUUCACCGGUUACGGUAAAAAUAGCUUCGACAACAUCAUCGCUGGAGGUGGAGGACAGGGACAGAGACAGACUACCAGCAGCAGCACUCCUCUUAAGGUCGGCUUGUAUCCAUCUUUCUCGACAUCUUCUGGAUCAUACCUUUUUUCCCUUGUAUUCUCAUGAGGUACAAGGCAAAAGGGGCUCAUCUGAUGAGGGGAGGACUGAGAUGCAAGCUAGCAAAUGCUAAGCCUGCGAGAAAAAUUCAGAGUCUCUUUAGUUGGGAGACGUCGUUUGCGGGCGUCUUGGAGACCACGAGCUGGAGACUGAUUCACACCAUUGUUGCACUCAUUAAGGCGAAUAUUUUUGUUUGUGUCACAGUGUUUUGGUUAUUUUGGAUUUCAUUUACCGAGUCAUCACCUGUAAGGGUAAAAAGGGUCCUAGCAACUACGAGAGAUGCAGUAACUACCUGAUUCUAGAAAAAAUUGUGCUUGUUUUUGACCUCGUAAUAUUAAAACCGAAAUAUCGGAAUUUGUUCUAAUAAAUAAAAUUUUCUUCAACGUCGAACCUCAAAAAUAUCAUCUAAAGUCCUGGGCUUUGGCGGUCGUCGCAUUCCCGCGUCCGUGGACUCGCUAGUUCGUGGCUGGGUGGCGAAGCCUCUUUUGAACUUUCGGGCCGAUAACGAUAUUGCUCGUUUGCAAGGAUUGCUCGAGAGUGCCUUGACAAUCUGCACCAAUCUGUACACCAAUAUUAAGGCUCAGCUUUCAAUGGUCAUUGGGGUUGGUCACUGAGAUCGAAAAGGCGACCCCUUCUUGAGAGAACCAACGGGGGAAAUAAACGAAGGGAAAGGAGAGAGCUUUGAAGGGGGUCCCUUCCGUUCAGAGUCAUGAUGACCAUUGAAGGCCGAGCUUUAACAAUACCAUUACUUCGUUUCUGACGGAUCCCGAAUUGCAAGAUAACCUCUUGUCAUUUGGCACCCUGCUUUUUCAAGCGGCGCGUCGUGGUGGGCAACGACGCAACAGAACAAGGUCCUCGUCGACUACAUCGUCGACUAUUAUAGUUAUACCCUGUUCAACACGAUCUACUUCCGUGAACCUGAACGAAGACGGUCUACUAGGUCAAGAAGAAGAAGACCAAGAUGAAGAAGAAGCAGACGAAGAAGGUCUAGGUCAAGAAGACCAAGAUAUUUUUUCGACGCUGUUUGAAGAAAGUAUACUCGAAGAUCUCGAAAAAGGUAGACGAGGGACUGUCCUCGAUCAUCUCGAUGCUCCCGCGAGUAGUACAGCUAGUAAAGCCCUCGCAACUAGUACUGCUGCGUCGGAGGAAAAGGCAAUUCGAAUCAAUGCUGGUUUCCAACAGAUUCUACUGGGAAGCUCGUCGCUAGCUGACGCACUCGAGAAUCGCCUACAACUCGGGGACAACUCCUGGGCCCCAGUCGAAACGAUUUUGACGCCACAUUAUCGGCGACCUGGUGGAGCAGGUAGCUGCGGUAACUCUACGAUGCAGCAGCUGCCACUUGGCAGAGGACGAAGCGGUGGCCUCAUGUCGCCAAACGGCGGCCGUUCACUUCCUGCUCACUCACCGUUGAGUACGACACCAGCUGGUCUCGUAUCAAAUAUACUGUUUUUCGGAGCAGGCGGAAGCAGCGAAGACCUUACCACGACGUUGCUCGGUAUCGCGAUUGUGCUACUCAUGAUGAUUCUGCUCUGUCUGUGCUGCCAGUGUUGUUGCAAAUGCUGCAAGAAAAAGACUGAAAAUGGAUCCGAUGGAGCCGAUGACAGCACAUCAAAAGACACAUCUAAACAACAGCUACUUUGUAGAAAUAAGAACAACAGGAACACCAGAAGGAAUAGUACAGGAGCUGAAGUAGAUGCAGGGACUGAAGAUCCUGGAGACGAGGAUGACUUGACUCAGAGGGCGUCGCAGCUGUCGCGGCCACCUCAGUCACACAGUCGGAAGAAUAAUAUGCAAUAUUCAUGCUCAUUUCCAGAAAGUGACGGCAGACUAUACCCGUAUUCCUCUCGCGGUCUGAAGAACGUAGUUGCUGCUCAAAGAGGAAUGAAUAGACCACGAGUGCUGCAGGACCUUGAUUUAUAUGGAAGUGAAGACAUGGAUGAAGGAGAGAGUGCACUAGUCGUGAGUCCGUCAUCUUCAAGCUCGAGGUCAGACUUACGGCAUACACCCUAAUCCAUCUUCAGAGGAGUCAUCCUAGAAUAGAGGCUUUUCAAGAAGAAGAAGAAAAGCGGGGACAGGAUGCUACUUCUCGAUAUAGGUUAGAAGGAUGAGCUCUAACGGAAUGUGAGCAGCCAUUCACGGCAAGGGGCCUUGGGAGUGCGAACAGCCUUUUGGACCGUAGAAACUAUACUUACCGGUGCGAACAAUACUUUUCUCGCAUGCCUCGAGAAGUAGCAGGAUCUGCGCUCACUGUUCUUGGUAGGAGUAGUAGUCAUGGCGGUACUGGUCCUGCUGACGAGGGGGCGCAAGUAGUCGUGUCGAGAGGUACAACAACGACCGGUACAGAUAACAGUGACAGCAUUCAGUUGAUGUCGGAGCAAGGUGCAACGAUGAACAACUUGAUGAAUUCCUCUAUGAUGUUCCGCAGAUCUCGCAGAUCUGGAAAUCGAAGUCGCACUACCUCAACUCGUAUGGGCACUUCUAUGCCCCUUCAGCAUGACCAUGAUAACUACCAUAAGCACUACAGACGAGAUGAAGUGAUAGAGCAGAAGUACGAUGAUCAUGUCUCGCUUACGGACGAUGAAGGCGAGGAGGAUGCUUCGCGAUCCUGCCAUGCCGCGGACGUGCAUUCUGGCGCUAGCGUAACUACGACGUCACGGUCUACCACCGCAGGAUCAUCCGGAACGGCUGCCACGACGUCGGUCAUCGUUGACCUAGUACCUGAGUCUACGUCUAGCUGUUGUUGUACGGGCCCGUCCUCCUUGACUACUUCUCAAUUGCUAAAAUUGCAGUUGCUAGAAGCAGAAAGUUAUGACCAUAACGGAGGUUCAUCCGAUUCCGAUUGCGGUGAAGAUACUUUGGUCAUCCAAACGCAGGGCUCAUCGACUAGGAAUCCUUUACCCGAAAGGUGGUCGCCGCCACGACAAAAUUACAGUGGGAACUUUGGUGAUGCCGACCACUGUGAAGGUGUUGAAAUAGAUGUAGUGGGGAACGACAAGGAUAAAGAAGCUCAUGACCAACAAGAGGAUGGCAAUAACGUCAACCAGCAUGCCAAGAUGAGCGGCCUCACGUUGGACCGCAGUCGCGACUCUUCACGCAGUGUUUUCACCCCUGAUGCAUCAGAUUCUCUCUUUCGCCAUUUCCGACCUGCUUGUUCCGAGAAUCACGACAACAAAUUAGAGCAGAAGACAAUGCAGACAAACUUCCGCACAAACAAAAAUGCGUCGAAUAUGCCUCGUAAAACGCACAGCCACAGCACGAAGACGAAAGUAGGGACAUCAGCAUCUUCAGGGAGGCAGCCACAUAUCUCACCUCUGCUUGCGCGGGUAGCGAGUGCGCUACGGCGCAAGGUCCUCGCAGAUGACGAGGCUGGAGUGUAGACAACAAGGGAAGCCAAAGCUUUUGCAGCUACCUUUGAGUCGUUUUUCCAUCAUACUAUGUUCUUCUACGGGUUCGUUGAAAUGCACCUAUCUUCUCAUUUUCCUGGACUGUUAUGUAUUCUUCGAUCUUCUUAAUGUUGCUGAUAGUAAGUACAUAAAAAAAUAGAGAGGCCGCUGAGGAAUUUUUCAAUGGAGCGUGAUCUUCGCAUCCCACAGGCGCACGUGUAAUUUCAGAUAGUUGUAGCAGCUAGUGGUACUAUACUUAGCGAAGAUGAAGACGCGUCUCAUUGGUACAACACUUGAUGACAAGAUAUGUACAUGUAGUACGAGAGCUAGAAUUAUUGAAAAAAAAUAUGAUUGCGAUGUGCCUGUGAUUUUCCGUCGGAUAUUAAGGUUGAAUAAAGUUACCUCGUCCGGAGUCAAAAUUUGAAAGACUUUUCUGUCGUUACUGCUGUUCUGCGUGUCUGCAUUGCUUUGUAAUGGAGUUUCGAUAUUGAUUGCACAGGUACUCCUGUCGACAAUAUUGUUCUUCUCUCUCCUCGAAUCUGAAAUCUGAAAUACUCAAACAUAAUUUCAUCUAAUAUCAUUCAAGACUUGCGUAUGCUUAUAAAGCUAAAGAUGUAGAUGCGUCCUCCCUGAGGCGUCUGGUGCGGACAAUUGUGCAGUAUCCGAUUAAGGAAAAGCACCUGUCUGGUGGAAUUUGCGAUGCGAAAGCAUGUAACAUGGACCACUGUCAUUACUGCGCUGAUGCCUGUCCACGUCCUGCAAGUAAGGU